CUCAUCAUUCUAUUAAAUGGCUAUUGCUUUAUUUUCGGUUAACGCGUGUGCCAUUAUUUUUCUUGUUCCAAGUUUUUCCUUUGAUUUGCCUCUCUUUCAGCAUUCUGGUUUCGUAGAAAAGAAAAAAAACAUAAGAGUUUGUGUUUGAAUACGAUACGUACAGAAACAUGUCGACCCUCAUUGUACCCCCUGUUCCUCCUUCCCCCAGAGAUGAUGCCAUACAACUUCACACUGCUUUCAAGGGAUUUGGAUGUGAUACUAGUGCUGUAAUCAAUAUACUUGCUCAUCGAGAUGCUACACAGCGUGCCUAUAUCCAACACGAGUACAGAACAAUGUAUGCGGGGGACCUUCUCAAACGCUUAGCUUCGGAGCUUACUGGCAAGUUGGAGACUGCAGUUUUGCUUUGGAUUCAUGACCCUGCCACACGUGAUGCAAUAAUCCUUAAGCAGACUCUAACCGCAGCCAAAAAUAUCGAAGCUGCUACUGAAGUAAUAUGUUCACGAAGUUCAUCCCAGCUGCAAUAUUUAAGACAGAUAUAUCAUUCUAAAUUUGGCAAUUUUCUUGAGCACGACAUUGAAAGGAACACCUCUGGGGACCAUAAAAAGAUUUUGCUUGCAUAUGUAGCCACACCACGUCAUGAAGGCCCCGAGGUAAAUAGAGAGAUGGCUGAGAUGGAUGCGAAGGUUCUCUACAAAGCAGGGGAGAAGAAACUGGGAACUGAUGAGAAGACUUUUGUGCAAAUAUUCAGUGAACGGAGUGCAGCACAUUUGGCUGCUGUAGAUUAUUAUUACGAUAGCAUGUAUGGGCACUCAUUGAAAAAGGCAAUAAAGAAGGAAACAUCCGGAUUGUUUGCUUUUGCACUUCUGACAAUAGUUCAAUGUGCUGUGAAUCCUGCAAGGUAUUUUGCAAAGGUCUUGCGCAAGUCAAUGAAAGGUUUGGGGACUGAUGAUACAAAACUUAUAAGGGUGAUAGUAACAAGGGCUGAGUUGGAUUUACUGUAUAUCAAAGCCGAAUACUUGAAGAAAUACAAGAAGACGCUUAACGAUGCAGUUCACUCAGAAACAUCCGGCAACUACAGGGCUUUUCUUCUCUCACUCUUAGGUCCUAACCAGUAGUAAAUUAUGUUGAAGGAUGUUUUUGUGGAAUGAAUUCACCGUAUGAUGUUGAAUAAAUAAGCAAUGCCUAUCUUUUUCUGUAUUGAUAUUGUAAAUUAGGUAGUGCGUGGUGCUUUGUUAGUAAUAUGUACACACAUUUGGUUUCAGCUUGUAUUUGCUUUGUAAUUACAAUGCACAGAUAAAGGAUUAGUGUGUAUAAAACUGUUAAUUUUUGUUUCCAUUA